AUGAUACCUCGCAUCAUCGACACAAUUAGAAAGGAUCACCGGGACAUUGAAUCAUACUAUGGCACGAUAAUUAGCUCCACGGACCAGGAUGAGCAGACACGCUUCCAGAAUCUGUUCACCUGGGAACUAGCUCGACACUCCAUUGGAGAAGAGCUUGUAGUGUAUCCUCUGUUUGAGAAGAUGCUCUCCGAUGGUGUGCAAAUGGCCAACAAUGACCGCAAUGAGCAUUUGAAAGUCAAAAAGCAACUGAAGGAAUUCCAAAACAUGACACCAUCAGACACGCAGUUUAUUCCUGCUAUCCGAGAGCUGAUGGAUAACCUUUCCAAGCAUAUCAAAGAGGAGGAGUUGAAUGAUUUGCCUAAGCUGGAGCAGGCCUUGUCUCAAGAGGAUAGUGAGAGCUGUGCUAAGACCUUUAGCCGAACGAAGAUGUUCGUUCCUUCGCGUUCCCAUCCUAGUGCACCUGACAAGCCACCGUACGAGACAGCUGUCGGGCUUUUAACGGCGCCGAUCGAUCAUCUCGCAGACCUGUUCCGUAAGUGGCCAGACACCGCGGGAAUGCCCAAUCCAUCUACGAAAUAA